AUGUCGAAGCUCUACGUGGGCAAUCUACCGUCGGAUUGUAACGAGAGUGCCCUCAGGCAACUCUUUCAGGAUCAUAAUUUGUCGUGUACGACGAUCCUGGUGAAACGAGGCGGCUAUGCGUUCGUUGACUGUACCGAUCAAUCUGUAGCGGAUCGUGCAAUCGACAAACUUAACGGAUAUACCUAUCUCGGAUCAGUGCUUGUCGUGGAGCCAUCCGUUGCUAGUGGACCGAAGAAACGGUAA